GCGCAUGCGCGUUCGUGCCCUCCCUCCCUCCGCGAGCCCUACGGGCUGGGGACAUUAUCGCGAGAGCUGUCAGCAGCCCCGCCAGACACAAACAGAACCCGCGGGACCCUCGGAAUCUGGGGACCCUCCCCCAAGGAGUAUAAAGAGACCUUCGUUCUCUCCGUAGGUUAAUUCCAGCGAGGCCCGGGGGUGGGGCCCGAUGGCCGGGGCCGCGCCGCCCUGGAGCCGGCUGGACAAGCAGCAGGACCGGGACGUGCGCGAGCUGAUCCGGCGCGUGAGCGGCCUCCAGGACGAGGCGGACCACAACUUCCAGCUGGCCCUGCACUUCGCCUGGACCAAUUUCAGAUUUCAUCGUUUCCUAGAUGUAAGCAGUCACAAAGUAGAGAGGACAAUAGAAGGAAUUUAUGAAAAGCUCAUCAUUCAUUCAGAUCUCAGCAAAGCUGCCAGUUGGAAGAAAUUAACUCAAGAGUUUCUACAUGCUCAACUUCCAAGUAUUAAGGAAGCAAAGACAGAUACACAUUAUGCAAUAUUGUCACUCCUUCUGUGUCUUUCUGAUUCUCCAUCAAACACCAAUUAUGUGGAAAAGCCAAGAGAAAAAGAAGUGGAAAAGAAAGAAGAAUUUGACUGGGGAAAAUACUUGAUGGAAGGUGAAGAAAUUGAAUUGGGUCCAGAUGCAGAUACACCAAAUUGGUCUGAAGAAAGUGAAGAUGAUGAUGAUCAACAGCCUCUUAGUAGAGAAGACUCUGGGAUUCAGGUGGAUAGAACACCAUUAGAAGAACAAGAUCAAAAUAAGAAAAUAGUACCUCAUGUCAGUUGGAAAGUUGGUGAGCCAGAUGCACGAAGUUGGUUGGAGCAGCAUGUUGUCCUUCAGUAUUGGACAGCCAGACCCUCACGUUUCUCUCAUAGUUUGCAUUUGCACUCCAAUUUAUCUUCUGUAUGGGAUCAACAUUUAUACAGUAGUGAUCCAUUGUAUGUGCCAGAUGACAGAACCUUUGUUACUGAAACACAGGUUAUCCGAGAAACACUUUGGUUACUUUCAGGGGUAAAAAAACUUUUCAUUUUUCAGUUGAAUGAUGGGAAAGUUACUGUGAGAAAUAAUAUUGUAGUAACUCACUUGACACAUAACUGUUUAAGAUCGGUGCUGGAACAAAUAGCAGCAUAUGGCCAAGUUGUAUUUAGACUACAGAAGUUCAUUGAUGAAGUAAUGGGGCACAGCUCAGAAAGUACAUUACAUGGAAAUGUUUCUACAUCUAAGAAGUCUACUGAACCCCCAUUUAGAACCUACCAAGCUUUCAUGUGGGCCUUGUAUAAAUAUUUCAUUAGUUUCAAAGAAGAACUUAGUGAAAUUGAGAAAUGUAUCAUUAAUAAAGAUACAACAGUUACUCUUUCAAUAGUGAUAGACAAAUUAUCACCUCGAUUGGUACAGCUCAAGGUUCUCCACAAAGUUUUUAGCACUGGAGUGGCAGAAGUACCACCUGAUACCCGAAAUGUUGUUCGAGCUUCUCACCUCCUUAAUACACUUUACAAAGCCAUUCUGGAAUAUGACAAUGUCGGUGAAGCCUCUGAACAAACGGUUUCCCUCCUUUUUUCUCUUUGGGUUGAGACUGUAAGGCCAUACCUACAGACUGUGGAUGAGUGGAUAGUACAUGGUAACCUAUUUGAUCCUGCAAAAGAAUUUAUCAUUCAAAGAAACAAAAAUGUUCCAGUGAAUCACAGAGACUUUUGGUAUGCAACAUACACACUAUAUAGUGUAUCGGAAAAAACAGAGAAUGAGGAGAAAAUGAGUGAUAAUGCUAGUGCCAGUUCUGGCAGUGAUCAGGCUCCCUCAAGCAGGCAGCACACCAUGGUGUCCUUCCUCAAACCUGUUUUAAAGCAUAUUAUAAUGGCUGGGAAAUCUAUGCAGUUACUGAAGAAUUUGCAGUGCUCAGAUAGUUCCCCACACCAAGCUGCUUCAAGAGAUGCAGAAAGAAAAAGUUUAUACACACUGUUUCUCGAGUCUGUACAGUCCCGACUUCGGCAUGGGGAAGAUUCCUUUACAGAAGUCAUCACUGAAGAACAGGCUACCAAGGAGAGUUUGAUUAAGAUGCAAUCUAUAGCAGAAAGACAUCUGGAGCUGGAUGAUGUUCAUGAUCCCUUACUGGCCAUUAACUUUGCAAGGUUGUACUUGGAGCAGAGUGACUUUCAUGAAAAGUUCACUUGUGGUGAUAUUUGUAUGGACAGAUCAUCUGAAUCUGUGACGUGCCAGACUUUUGAACUAACCCUGAGAUCCUGCCUUUACCCUCAUAUUGAUAAGCAAUAUUUGAAAUGCUGUGGAAAUCUAAUGCAAACUUUAAAGAAAGAUUACAAAUUGGUUGAAUAUCUACAGGCAAUGAGAAAUUUUUUCCUACUUGAAGCUGGAGACACAAUGUAUGACUUUUACACAUCAAUUUUUGACAAAAUAAGAGAAAAGGAAACUUGGCAGAAUGUUUCCUUUCUUAAUGUUCAACUCCAGGAAGCAGUUGGACAGCGUUACACAGAAGACAGUUCACGCUUAUCAAUAUCUUUUGAAAAUGUUGACCCCACUAAGAAGAAACUCCCCGUUCAUAUCUUGGAUGGCCUAACAUUGAGUUAUAAGGUUCCUUGGCCUGUGGACAUUGUUAUAAGUUUAGAAUGCCAAAAAAUUUAUAAUCAGGUGUUUCUUCUUUUAUUGCAAAUAAAAUGGGCUAAAUACAGUCUAGAUGUUUUACGAUUUGAUGAAUUGGUUAGUACUGCAGAAAAACCACCAUUUAAAGAAGGACCAUUAUUUGAACCAGACCCUGUUGCUCAAUUUGGACCACAAAAGGAACCUGUAAAACAACAAAUUCAUAGAAUGUUUCUUUUGAGAGUGAAACUCAUGCAUUUUGUUAAUAGCUUGCAUAACUACAUCAUGACUAGGAUUCUUCACAGUACAGGUCUGGAAUUUCAGCACCAAGUAGAAGAAGCAAAGGAUUUAGAUCAAUUGAUUAAAAUUCAUUAUAGGUAUUUGUCUACAAUUCAUGAUCGAUGUCUUCUGAGAGAAAAGGUGAGUUUCGUGAAGGAAGCUAUAAUGAAAGUCUUAAAUUUAGUCCUCAUGUUUGCAGAUCGUUGGCAGGCUGGUUUGGGAGCUUGGAAGAUGGAAUCAAUUGAAAAAAUGGAGUCAGAUUUUAAAAAUUGUCAUAUGUUUCUUGUAACUGUUUUGAAUAAAGCAGUCUGUAGAGGAUCCUUUCCACAUUGUAAUGGAGUCUCUGGCAUUGUCACUCAUGGCAGGCAUGGAUCAGAGUUAAGAUAUUUGCAGUCUAGUGAAUACCUCAAAAAGUUAUUCUUGUAGGCUUUAUUUUCUGCAUUAUAUUUAUGUAUUUUUUAGGUUUUUUUUUUUAAAGGAAUAAUGCUAUCUAUUGUAUAAAUGGAUAAAUAUUUUACUAUUAUUUUCCUUCAGAGACUAUUGUAAACUGUAUGGAAUUGUGCAUAUGAUAGUAUGUAAAUAAUGUAUAUUAAGUACAGGGUAUGAGUACUUUAUUUUUUUCUUUUGUAAGCUAUAGAUAUUCAUGAUAUUGUCCAAAGUAUCCUAAUUAGACCAUAAACUGAAAUAUUUCAUAUUUUUUAAUUGUUUAUUUUUAAAACAGACUUAAGGCACUUUAAAUUCUCAUUUUGCUGCUAUCCAUUCAAUAUAAGAUUUUUUUAAUGUAGUCCUAGACAUCUAUUUCUUUGAAGGUUGCUUUGAAUUCAUUUUAACCUUCUCUGAAUUAUUUAUCUCAUUUUUUUUUUACAUGAGAGCCAUUACAGGUAGAAUUCAUCACCAAAAAAAAAUUAAUCUUAUCUAAUAUUACAGUUAGAAAAUGCUUAUUCUUCUAUAGUAGCAACCACUAGAACAUAUCUACUUUUGUUUUUUGUUAAUCAACAACUUGCUUUAGCAGAGCAAAAUAAAAUGUUACCAUGCAAUGUAUUUGUAUUUUAUUUGUAAACCUGAUGGCAGGUUCAUGCUUACAUUUGACAAGCUUUAUACUAUCUAUAGUUUUGCAGUUAUUUCUUAAAACAAAAAAUGGAAAAAAAUCCAUGCAGCACAUUUUACUAGAGGUCUUUACAGCUGAAGGGGAAUGGGAAUAACCAGUAGUGUUGGAUUACAGGUUGUGUGUUUCAUAGAUUUGCUUUAUGAAAUAAAACAGUUAUGUUAAAAAACAUGCCACUCUAUUAAGUCAUGGGCCUGCCACAUAUAUAAAUCCAGUUCCUUUCACUCCUGCUUUAAUUUUUUGUAACUUGAAACAAAUGCAGUAUUCCAGGAAGACUGUCCCCCUGGGGUGAGGGCUGGUUAUCUACCUUUCAUAUCCAUCUUCAGACAGAUCUCACCUGUGUCUCCAAGAAACUGAAGCUUGCAGUGGCUACACUGUGGGAAAACUUUCGGCAGGAGGGCCAAACCAAAUUAAGGAUAACUGACAGGCCUCAAAGCUAUUGGUUAGUUAGGGAAAUGUCUACCUCAGGCAGGUGAAGAUUUCCCCCAGCAGAUGAAAACAGUUUAUUGCAGCAUCCAUAAAAAUGUCUGAAAUGAGUAUGGUGAAGCAUUAAGAGCUUAAUCAGACAUGGAAGGUGCCGAGGUCAUCCACUACAUCCUGGGCCGUUGCCAGUCAUCUUGCAUUUUGUCCUGCCACUGGACUGGAAGAAAGAAUGAGGCUGAUGACUUUGUACAAUUUUGCCUUAUUUUAAAUUUAACUCACCCACAAGUCAGGACAACAUCCUGCGAUGUCAUCCAUUCUUUUCAACAACAAAGGACCUGCAACAACUUAUAUAUCUUGUAUUUAUGGAAUAUUAGAAUUGGAAAGGAGCCUUAGAGAUCUCCCAACCCAAUCCUUUCUUAUUACAAAUGAGAACAAUGAGGCCCUGAGAAAGAAACCUAAAUCCUAAUUCAAUCUGUCUUCUUACUACUGUACCACAUUAUCUCUGUCUUGAUUUGUAUAAUAGGAAAGCUAUGCUUUUUAACUAUUACAUUAUAGCUUUUUAAAAGAUAUAUUAAAAGACUAGCAUUUGUUUUGAAAGGGCUUCUACCUAUGAAAUGUUUCACGAUAUUAGAUACUGAUGUUGUCUCACUCUUUAGUGAGAUUCAGGGACUGGCUAAGUAAAGACCAUUCCAGUGAUAUAAGACAAUUUUUCCAAAUAUUUUGGGAGAACCCUUUUGAGUACUACCGAUUGGCUUCCUUGCCCUUUAUUUAAAAAAACCAAACAAACCCCAAAAACAUGUAUUGACAACUAUAUCUGUCUUCAUUAGUUGACUAGCUUUUAAGUUGAGGCAGCAGGAUUGACUUUUGGCUUCAUAACCUGUUGUCUCACAAUAGCUUUUUUCUUUGUUGUAAUUAUAUAAAUGAUAUAUUGACUUUUAAGCUUCUCUCAUUUGGUUGAUCUUUUGGUACAUUAACUAAUGCACCUUUUGCUCCUCAAAAAAUGAUACAAAGCCUUUUUUGUGCUCCAAGAACACUUGUCCACAAGACCAUAUGUAAAGGAUACAUUAGUUCACUUUAGGAAGGGGGUUGGAAUAGUUUCCUUAAGGUUGAUUUUGGCCAUUACUCUUGGAAUGGAAGUCUGACAGGCUGAAAUGCUAAAAUGGAGAUUUCUUUGAAUUAAUCUUUAAGCAGUUUUGAAGGAUUGGGGUUUUAGUUAAUAAACACAAAUAUAUACUAAAAAAAAUAUGGGUCAGGUUGCCGUUUCUCAACAGAAACAUUUAUCUAAAUAUUUAGAAAAUUUUAGAAUCAUAGAAUGACAAAAUGUCAGAACUGAAAACCCAUUAGAAAUAAUCCAGUCAGAUUUUUUACAGGUGGGAAACUAGUUGAGCUAGUAAAUAUUUUCAGAAAUGUUUUUUUAAAAAGUUAUAAUAUCAGAGUUUUAAAACUAAAUCUAUAUCUUCUAUUAUUAGAUCAUUUUAGAGAUCUAACUUAAAAACAAUAUUAUACAAUCUCUAUGAGCAACUAUUAAGGACUUAAAUGAACUAAUGUCAAGUGAAAUAAGCAAAAUUAGAGCAUUGUAUGAUGAUUAACAAUAAACAACUUAGCUUUUCUCAGCAAUAUGAUGAUUAGGCAAUUCCAAAAGACUCAUGAAGGAAAAUGCUACCCACAUCCAGAGAAAACUAAGAAGUCCAAAUGCCAAAUGAGCUAUACUAUUUUCCUUUUUUGGGGUUUUUUCCCAUUUUUUUCCUUUUAUUGUUUUUCUUCUUUUACAACAUGACUAAUGUGAAAAUAUGAUUCACAGGAUUACACCUCUAUAAGCUUUACCAGAUCACAUGUUCCCUUGGAGAAGGAGGAGGUAAGGGAGAAAGGGAAAAAAAUUUAGAACUCAAAUUUUUU